AUGUCGCGUGCUGCUCCACAGUUUGGGCACGUUCAGAUGCAGGCCCUUUUCUUUUUGCUGCUCUUGGCAGGUCACGAUUGUGUCCGCGUGGUCGACGAAGUGAAAUGGUCACAGUCAAAAUGGGACCAGCUACAUGAAGAUUGCCAUUGGUCCAAAAUGGAGCAGCGUUGCCAUGGUGAGGGAUGUGUGUGGAAACGCUUGCCCUUGGACUUGACAAUCUCCUCCAGCUGCCGCCACACUGACGCAUACCUGUUGAAGCACAACGGUCUGGAGAACUUUCACUCCAUCAUGGAGCUUUUGAAGGUUUGA